CUCUUAGCCGUUAGUGUGUUACCGCGAGCUUUACCGUCCGGACACCACGUAAUAUUAUUAUUACGCACACGUGUCCAUCGUCGGAGUCAGGUCGUAUCAGUAAAUGGCUCGCGUCGUCGGCGUCCGAGUCGUACAGCAACAGCAUCCGCAUCAAUUCGAACCACUACCGCGGUCGUAGUUCGCCCACCCUGUUAGAUAUCACAAACGCUCCACCGACAUCCCCGUCGCGGUUUCGUAGUAUUGCGAACGCAUACGGUUUUAUCGGUGUUUUUUAUUAAUUUUAUUUUUGCUCCCGUACAUUUCAAUAAAACUUUACGGCCGAGUGCAAUAGCCGUGACCGGUUCACUCCGAUCGAGCGCCGAACUAUAUAUCCUUUUCGAGGUGACCACUUUACAUCACAUCGCAGCCAGAAGUAUGCCUAUGAUGAAUCAAGCGACGACAGUGUUCGCGGCGUUAUUGGCGGCCGCCAGUUGUCAGCAACUGGUGCAGCAGUUCAGCGUGGUCGAUCCGAAUUCCGGUCAAACUGGACCCGCGGGUUUUAUGCCUAUGAAAGACGACCGUCACACGUCUGAGAUGAUGAUCGAACGUCGGACAUCAGAAGCAACUCCUGAAUCGUCGUCCGUGCAGAGCAGAGAUUAUUCGGGUGGUCCCGAGUUUUACGGUUACAAUAACUAUCCGGCCAGUUACGGGCCACCGAGCUCCAGUUACGGAUCAGAUAUAACUUUUGAACCAUCUGCACCAGCUGACAACCCGUCCAGUGCUUAUUCCAGUCCCGGUUACAGUUCAUCUUACUAUUCUGGAUAUGGCGAAGAUACGAAAAAAAGAAAACCAAGUUACGCAACACCCUACUAUCCACCCACGUCGGUGUCCUGUCCGUCACCGUUCACCAACAACAUACUGACCGACCUGCUGAAGACUGGUAGCACGGCCAAGUUCGGCUUGGUGAAGUCCGUGGUGGCAGCAAUAGCCACGCUAUUUCUGGCCAAGAUACCCAUACUGUUGGCAGUUAAGGCGCUUAUGCUCAAGCUGUUCGUAGUGCCGCUGGCCGUGGUCGUUCUCUCGCUUCCGGUACUCGUUCCCGCCGCCCUCCUGUUGCAGCCACUGUGGAAGAGGUGGAAGGAGUUUGUGGGCAUUGAUUCGUCUAAACAGCCACAGAUGGUGAUGAUGAUGCCGGCCGCGGAUUCCACAAAGCCCGCCAACGACACAUCAGCGACGCCUGGCGUCACCAGGGCGCUGGAAAACAACCUGGAGAGCGUGCUCAGCAACCUACUCGAGUCGGAGAGAUGCAUGGAACGGCUGGCUUGUCAGUUGGGUGUCAGGGAUGCAAAAUCCGAGUACAAACAACAAGUGUCCUGGGUGUUGAAGUUCUUGCAGACGCUCCGUGUUGUUCAAAACAACGAACCGAUCAGAGACAAACUAAAGCAAUACCGCGAGGCUUACAAUUACGGUACUGAGACGGGACUAGGUUCAGUCGAAGAUGAAAAUCUCGUGAACUCCGUCUGUUCCGAAGUGCGAUAUCCCUGUCGAAGUACUCAAAAAUCACUACAGAGAAGCACGAGAGCUCUAGUGGACUUUGCUGGGUUUUGAUAACGACUAAUUUAAUCAAAAUUUAAUUUAUUGUACAUAACAAUAUAAUAUUUAUUUUUAUCAAUACAGUCGUGUGAUAGAUCUAAAAGAAAACGUCACAAAACGUAUUGUGACCUCGCGAGUUUACUCUCAAAUCGCUUUAUUUGUACAAUCAAACAAUAUAAUUUAUUAUUAAUUUAAUUUAUUUUUUAUCCAUUUUUGUUAAAACUAAUUAGCGCGUUACCGCUUAGGUAUUACAAUAAGAUAUAUUAUAUUGUUCUCAUAAUGCCUUCUUUAAUCAUAACGUUGGUGGAAUUGUGUUGCAACCUGAUAUUAUGUUUAAUAUUACAAUGUAUAUCCACAUAUUUUUAGUAUUAUU